AUGGCGAAUACAACAGAUGCUGCCAUGUUCGAUACCUAUCAGACUUCUCUCACCAAUAGGUACUGCUCACCGGAGAUGUCGCAACUGUUCUCCCAGCGCAGCCGGCAUUCCACAUGGCGCAAGCUCUGGCUCUUCCUCGCAGAGGCUGAGAAAGAGCUCGGCAUUGAGACCAUCAGCGAAGAUGCCUUGAGCCAAAUGAGAGAACAUUUGAAAGUCACCGAUGACGAAUUCGGCGUCGCCAAGGUCGAGGAGAAGAAGCGAAGGCACGAUGUCAUGGCCCACGUUCAUGCCUAUGGGCAGGUUGCCCCGGCAGCGGCUGGCAUCAUCCACUAUGGUGCAACAAGCUGCUAUGUGACCGAUAAUGCCGAGCUCCUGCUUAUGCGCGACGGCCUGGAUCUCUUACUCCCAAAGCUCGCAAAAGUAAUCUCCAACCUCUCCGCUUUCGCUCUGCAGUGGAAGAGCGAGCCAACCCUGGCCUACACCCAUCUACAGCCCGCCCAGCUCAUCACUGUUGGUAAGCGCGCUGCCCAAUGGGCGCAAGACCUUCUCUUCGAUCUAGAGGCCAUUGAGAGCGUUCGUGAGGGCCUGCAGUUCCGCGGUGCCCAAGGAACUACCGGAACACAAGCCUCUUUCCUCGAGAUCUUCAACGGCGACAGCAAGAAGUGCGACCAGCUCAACGAACUACUGUGCAAAAAGGCCGGCUUCCCAUCCUGCUACGCCGUUUCCACCCAGACCUACACGCGCAAAGUCGACCUCAUCAUCGCAAAUGCCAUCUGCGGUCUCGGUGCCAGCGCUCAGAAGAUCACUGGCGACAUCCGCCAUCUCGCUAGCUGGAAGGAACUCGAGGAACCCUUUGAGAAGGACCAGAUAGGCUCUUCUGCCAUGGCAUACAAGCGCAACCCCAUGCGUUGUGAGCGCGUCUGCUCGCUAUCCCGAGAACUCAUGUCCAAGCCCGCUUCCUUCGCAAGUACCCUAGCCAGCCAGUGGAUGGAGCGAACCCUCGAUGACUCUGCAAUCCGCCGCAUGGACAUUCCUGAGAUGUUCUUGCUUGCAGAUGCUAUCUUGCUCUCACUCGACAACGUCACUGCUGGCCUCGUUGUCUACCCCAAGCGUGUCGAUGCCCGCGUUCAAGAAGAAUUGUCUUUUAUGAUCACUGAAUCCAUCAUUAUGCGUCUGGUGGCGAAGGGUGAAUCGCGUCAGGAAGCCCACGAGCAGAUCCGUGUCCUGUCUCACCAAGCUGGCGCCCAGGUCAAGAACGAGGGAAAGCCGAAUGAUCUCGUCGACAGGAUCAGGAAGACGGAUUUCUUCAAGCCCAUCUGGGGUGAGCUGGACAACAUGUUGGACAGUAAGCUGUAUACAGGCCGUAGCGAGGAGAUCGUCGAGAAGUUCUGCGGUGCCGGCGGCAUCCUGGCGCAGAAGCUGGGCAAAUACCAGGACUAUAUCCAGGGCGCCAAGGUGAGCGAACUCAACGUGUAGCCAACAUAGUGUAUUGAGACAUGAUGCAUACGGGGGGUUAAGGAUGUCGGUAUUCUCCAGAGUGGCUUAACAAAAUUCAAUUCAGGGCCUCUAGAUGGCUAUGUAUUCUCCAAACCGCACCAUAUACUCUGUGAAUAUCGUGUAUACGUGGUUGAAAAGAUAUACAAAGGUAGUCAUACUUAUUUGAA